AUGACUCUGAAUGAUUGGUAAUAAUGACGUCAUGCAUCAGAAGUAGAAUCAUUGUCUUUUUUCCCUCCCCAGCUAAAGAACGGCCAUUAGAAAUAGCCUACAUGUACCAGAUGUCCUCGGCGCACUUGCGCAUUGAUGUCUUCAGAUGGGCACGCCUCUUGUCUCCAGUCAUCCUAAAUCCAAUACCCCAACCGGAACGAUUCCGACAUCAUAUGAAAGCAUUUCUGAGGGCAGGCAAAUCUUUAUUCAGAUGAAGACCUAACCUGAGACCUGGCGCAGGACAUGUAGCUCCAGCAUCCUCAUCUGAUUCCAGGAAUGACAGUUGGCCAGUGAUGCAGGGGGCAGAAUGCAUGCAGCAUCAUUUCUCACAGAGACAGUGCUGUAAGGGACAGCUUAAAUCCGGCCUGUCAUUCGUUUAAUUACUUAUUCAUUAUUUUUAGUGGGGAUAUGUCGUUGCUCUGCGUUCAUACUCGUACCAAGAGAGACGCAUGAUAUCCUGUUGGAAUUAUAAAUAAUAGGAAACAGACGCAACACGUUGCUGGCUGGUCAUCAGGAGCUCAAGGUGUCAUUCAGCCUUCAUUCAUGGGAUGACGUCUCAGAGCGUGUCCUGUCACAACUCCCCCUGCCCCAUCUCCUGUGUCCUUUUCAUCUGCCCAUCUUUGGGGUCCUGACGCCAGCAGGGGCUCAUGAGACGCUUUAUGUACUGUAAGGUGGUGCUGACCACCUCUCUGGUCUGGGUACUAGUGGAUGUCUUCCUUCUGUUGUACUUCAGUGAGUGCAACAAAUGUGAUAACAAGAAGGACCACUCACUCCUGCCUGCGCUCAGAGCGGUGAUGUCCCGCACCCAUGAGGCUCCAGGCGAAAUGGGGAAGGCUGUGAUUAUUCCCAAAGAAGAUCAGGACAAGAUGAAAGAGCUCUUUAAAAUCAAUCAGUUCAACCUGAUGGCCAGUGACAUGAUCGCGCUCAACAGGAGUCUGCCAGAUGUCAGGCUGGACGGCUGUAAGACGAAGACAUACCCCGAUGACCUUCCAAACACCAGCAUUGUGAUCGUGUUUCAUAAUGAGGCAUGGAGUACACUCCUAAGAACCAUACACAGCGCCAUAAACCGCUCGCCCAGACACCUGCUGCUUGAGAUACUACUGGUGGAUGAUGCCAGCGAGAGAGAUUUUCUAAAGAAGAAAUUGGAAGACUAUGUUACAACUCUAGAGGUUCCAGUACGAAUUUUGAGGAUGGAACAGCGAUCCGGUUUGAUUCGAGCACGGUUGAGGGGGGCAGCUGCCACGCGAGGGCAGGUCAUCACCUUCCUGGACGCCCACUGUGAGUGCACUGUAGGGUGGCUAGAACCGCUGCUGGCCCGAAUCAAAGAGGACAGGAGGGCUGUGGUCUGCCCUAUCAUUGAUGUCAUCAGUGAUGAGACAUUCGAGUAUAUGGCCGGCUCAGAUAUGACCUAUGGGGGAUUCAACUGGAAACUCAACUUUAGAUGGUAUCCAGUUCCACAGAGAGAGAUGGAUCGACGCAAGGGGGACCGAACCCUUCCUGUUAGAACUCCCACGAUGGCAGGAGGUCUGUUCUCAAUUGACCGAACUUAUUUUGAAGAGAUCGGCACUUAUGAUUCAGGAAUGGACAUAUGGGGAGGGGAAAAUCUUGAGAUGUCUUUUCGGAUCUGGCAGUGUGGAGGAUCUCUAGAGAUAGUUACAUGUUCUCAUGUAGGGCAUGUAUUCCGGAAGGCCACACCAUACAGCUUUCCUGGUGGAACUGGUCAGGUGAUCAACAAGAACAACAGACGACUGGCUGAAGUCUGGAUGGAUGAGUUCAAAGAUUUUUUCUACAUCAUCUCGCCAGGUGUGGUUCGGGUGGAUUAUGGAGAUGUUUCUUCUCGGAAGGCUUUGAGGGAAACUCUGAAGUGUAAACCAUUCUCAUGGUACCUGGAGAACAUCUACCCCGACUCUCAGAUUCCACGCAGAUAUUACUCACUCGGGGAGAUCAGAAAUGUUGAGACAAAUCAGUGUGUGGAUAACAUGGGCCGUAAAGAGAAUGAAAAGGUUGGCUUCUUCAACUGUCAUGGAAUGGGUGGCAACCAGGUAAGAGAGCUUUAUCUUAAAUGCUUAUUUUGCAUAUAAAUCUAACCUAAAAUAAAUGAAAAAUCUACA